AUGCCUGGCAACUCUACCCGGUCCGCGGCUCACUGGGUGCCUGCAGCCGAGGAUAUCCUCCUGACGACUCUGCGGGAGGCUCGCGCUAAUGGCCUUGGUGGGGAUAACAAUUUCCAGCCGGCUGUCUACACGUCUGCCUCAAAUAAUCUCCAUCUCGCCGGCUACGAGUUUUCUGCGGAGCAGUGCAAGAACCGCUGGAAUCGGUUCAAGUCGGCCCAUAAGACCGUGACCUUCCUUCGCGGUCUCUCAGGCUUCGGAUGGGACGAUACGCGCAAGGUCGUGACUGCAUCAGACGAUGUCUGGAAAAACCUUCUCUAUCACACGGAUGGCUCGAAGAAGAAAAAAUACAACGACUAUAACUACUUCCGCAACAAUGCAUUCCUCCAGUACGACUUGAUUGGCGAAAUACUCGGCGGCAACACCGCGGCCCUCGACCACGUGUUCAGCUCAACCGCGGGCGGCGAAGCUGCCGCUCCCGUUCCCGGUUCAACCACGACCAACGAUGGGCAGGGUAGUGUUCAGGGUGGAGAAGGAGGAAAGGAGGAAGAGGAAGAGGGUGACGAGGUGCAGGAAAUCGUGUUGCCGGGAUCGCAGCGCCAGGACUCUGCGGGCGCGGUUUCGCAGGUUCCGUCCACUCCCACCACGCAAAUCGUCCCGCGCAAGCGCGCCGCCGCCCCUACCCCUCCGGCGACUCCUCCUCCCUCGUCGAAGCGCAAGAAUUCCGGCCAGGCCCUCCGGAACGACAUCCACGACCUCUCGAGCAAGGCUUCUGCGCUGGUUACGGCGCUUUUGCCACCAGAUUCCCCCGUCAAGCCCUCCCUUACUCCUGCUCGCAAGCGCUGCUAUUCGCGGCUCAACGAGGAUGGGCUUUCGCCGUAUACGAAGGCACGCGCUCGCCGUGUCUUCCGCAAUGCCGAUGCCGUGAACGAAUAUCUGUCAUUCGGCGACGAUGAGGAUGAAGUGAUGGCCCGCAAUUUCUGGCUUCAUCAGGAGAUGGAUGAGUACGACCGCAUUCAUCGUAACAACUAG